UUUCGGCAGAGCUCUUCUAUUAUUUCGUGUGAAUAAUGGAAGAAUUGGAUCAUGAGUAUCCUGUGUCACUUGUGGAUGAGGGAGUGGCAAUUUUGAUUGAUCGCAAUGGGAAAUUUGAUGAUUUUCUGGACUGGACAAACGAAUUUCCGGCACCAUUGCCGUCUGAAAUAUCUCGUCCUGCCUCAGUUAUCUCAAGCUUUGGGUUUGGCGCGGAAUCCGCAUCCCUUUCCGCGUUCGGAGGUUUUGAGGCUUUUCCUGCGCCAAGUCCCUUGGAUUUCGGAAGCCGAGCUGGAUCGGAUGAAAUCGUCGUUUACUUACAGGAAACGAGUACUGAUUUCCUUCUGGAUCUUUCUGGGACCGCUGUUCUGGUGAAUUCUGCUGAAGGAGUCGCUGUUGUCGGCAGAAACGAGACCUACCUUAAAGCUUUGGAAAGAAAGAAAAAAUACCCGGAGAGAUUCAAAGAUCAUUGGACAGAGACGCGCGAAGAGUGGCGGAAACCGAAGUCGACGCAAACAAGCGCUAUCCGGAGACAGUCGAUUGUUUGUCAAGCUACUUCUUGGGACAUGUUCGACGAAUUUAUGGCUUUGCAAGAAUACCUUAGAAGUUCUCCGUCGGAGAAAUUGACGAUGUUCUCCUCACUUCUUCCGGAAAAUGAAGAAAACGGUUCAUCCCGCCUGUCCGAGUUGACAGAAAGUGCCAGCAGUCAGAGAGCUCAAAGCGUUGCUUCGAUUUCGUCAUCAUCUGCGCUACCGCCAGAUGAAGAACUUCUACAUCCCGUUCGCCUAGUAGAACUAUUGCUAAUCACGGAGCGUUACGUUAGCCUGAAUCAAUUCUGGAUUCAGCUCGGAGUGUAUCGGGAUCGCUGGACGCGAAAAGAGUUGAAACUCGAUCCCGUGAUCUUUCCUGGUUCUGGAAUUUUGUGGGAAGCCAGGUUCAAGUCAAAACGGAGUGGUUUGUCUGAAUAUUCGCUGCCAUCGUUGGAAUUUUUAUGGAGUUUUGAGUGCGAAACGACGACUCGACCAGUUGAUUGCGCUUUGCCGACUAAGCCACGAUCGUCCAAGAGUCGUUCUGUCACUGAUGUCGCUCAUAACACAGCAAAUCCGCAUCUUCUGGUGGCGAGUUAUUGUCACCCCGAAUUCGACGAGUACGAGCCGGGUCUGGUGUGUGCAUGGACUGUAAAAAAUCCGAGGGACCCAGAAAGAUGCUACGUCACUCGAAGCGGCGCUUUGUCCGUUGACUUCUCUCGCGAUCAACCGAAUAUUCUGGCUGUCGGUUUGUACAGUGGAGCAGUUGCUUUGUACGAUGUGGCGUCGACCAGUGUCUCGCCAAUGCACGAUGAGCUUGGAGGACACCUGAGUCACUCAGGCCCAGUGUGGCAGGUUGCAUGGGUUCCAAUGCCAGCCAUUAGCAUCAGCGAAACGGGAAAAUCAACCGUAAGGGAACACCUGUUGUCUGUUGCCGAAGAUGGACUGGUGAUCCAGUGGCACUACGUCAAGGGCAGAAAGACGUUGGAGGGAACCAGUUUGAUCAAGUUGAAGAGGCGAUGGACCUGCAGUCAUUCGAUGAACGUCAUCCCUUUAACAACUGACAAUAUUGCUGGGUUUUGCUUCGCUUUAAGUCAGGUGGCUGGUGGCACUCUGAUCGUAGGAACAUAUACUGGAGAAAUUCGAGCUUUCGACAUCGUCAAACCUGAUCGAAUCUCCAAGAUAUUUGAAGCGCAUACGAGAUGCGUGUAUAGGCUCAAAUGGAACCCGUUCGUCAGCAAAGUGUUCAUGACUUGCGCUGAAGACUGGACCGUGAAAAUUUGGCAUUUGGAUUAUGCCAAAGCUCUUGUUGAUAUUGAUGUGCAAAAACCUGUCAUAGGAUGCGACUGGAGUAAAGUUUGUUCAACAACGUUCGGACUCAUCACUAAAGAUGGCCCUCAGAUAUGGGAUAUUAAAGCCGAUCUUUUGCGCCCAAUCGUAUCCCUGCCAUCAUUAGAGCGGGGUCAUUUUUCAUGCAUUGCAUUUGCUCCAACUAACAAUUGCUUGGUUCUCGGAGACGUUUGCGGACGGAUUCACGUUUUCAAGCUUCGUAAUUUGACAAAGGCUCACGCGGACCAGGAGAAGGCUUUGAUUGAUGUUCUGAAGACGACGCCAACCUGGGAAGCUUGAAUUCCAGAAACAGAGAUCUCUUCCGUGUACAGGGUUCGUUUCCUGUGUUCUUUUCCAAAACUACGUUUCUGGGUAUUUUGUUCGUGGAGGCGUUGAGGAGUUCGUGUUUCUUCGUCGUGACCUCACAAGUCGCACCCGUAAUCGUGACUGAACAUGUCGGAGGUGUGACUGCCAUGAAGCUCGAUUGUUCCGAAGCGUUCAUUUUGUGGGACGAGGCAUUUUCUUGUUUGAAAUGUCUGUGUUGUAUAGUAUUGUUCAUGUUUUAAUCUCUUGUACAAUACUUUUGUCAGGACACAGGGACUAAGAAGCUUGGCCGACUUCGUAAUUCAUCACCCUUAGUUUUUUCGAUCUUCUUGAGGAAAAAAAAAUCAUAAGUAGUUUCCUGGAAGUUAAAUGUUCUUAGUUUUGUGAUUGGUCAGAAAGGCACUAGAGCUCAUCAUUGGAUGUUAUUUAGUUGGUCAUGUAAAUGCAAAAUUUAUUCGAUUAUGUUGGUCUGAAAACCUAAAAAAUCGAUUGACGUGUGAUUAUUGAAUUUUUGAAGUUGAGUUUAAUUGAAACCCGAAGUCAGGUUCGCAAUAUUGAUAACUUUUGUGCUGAUCUAGCUCAAAUUAAACAUUUUCUGUCAGAUAUAAUAAAUCCGAUUUAAUUGAAAUAUUCGAACGUUGUGCGUCGGUGUGAAGGUUAGUUUCGACACCAGCUUUGAAAUUUUUGUUGUUGAAAGUUUGGUCUUACUAUCAUGCUGGUUGGAAAGCUUCAAUUCCGAGUGGUGCUGUGAGAUGUGCGCCAGAGCUUAUUUUGCGACUUACAUCUUUGGGGGGAAAAUAUUCCGUGUCUGUCGAAAUAUAUUGGUCCUGAAAAUCGAUUUAUUGCGACGAACUCGAGUGCGGAUAUCGUGAUAAGUUGCUUAGCGCUCAAUCGUGACGGUUUUAUCCUUCUCACACAGACGCCCCUUUGGUAGUUUCAAC